AUGUCUAGGAUUGCCAGCAGAGACAUUGAUCGACAGGUACGUGACAGUGGGUGCGUACAGUCUUCUGAGAUCAUGUACCAUCGAACCAGAGUGCAUCAUCGGGCAACACUCGAUACUAAUGGAAGGUUCGCUGGUCGAGACUCGCUCAAUCCUGGAAGCUGGUUCGGUUGUGCCACCAGGAAGAAGGAUCCCAUCAGGUGA